AUGAAAGGCUCUGGGAAUGAGUGUGAUGUGGUUGGCGGUAAUCUAAAUGCUCUUGAUGGGUUGGAGUCUUCGUUCCUGAGAGAUAAUUCGCAGCUAGUGGAAGCUUACGAAAACAUAGACUGGAAGAGCGUUCAGUCGUUGAAUGCCUUGGUAGGAUCUGUGGAACAGGUAGUUAUCAAGUACAAGAAUCCAAAUGAAAAGAUCAAAAGAGCAAUUGAGACGAUUUACCUCCAACUGUUGCAGAGGUAUCCACUUUUUUUUGGCUACUGGAAACGAUUUACUGCUGUACAAUAUCAACUUAACGGCCUUGCGAAAUCGAUCGCCACCCUCGGCAAAGCUGUUGAAGCAUUUCCUAAUUCUUUAGAGCUUUGGUGCGACUAUUUGAAUGUCCUAUGUGCCAAUAAUGCAGGUGAAGUGGAACUAAUACGAAAAAAUUUCCGAAUAGCGAAAGAUAGGGUCGGUUAUCAAUUCCUAUCACAUCCAUUCUGGGAUAAGUAUAUCGACUUUGAAACUAAACAUGAAGCAUGGGAUCAUCUGUCUGACAUAUACGCAGAGUUGGUCACGAUACCAAUACAUCAAUACGCAAAAUACGGCACCGCCUACAAGUCAUUUCUGAUAAGUGCAAAUUCACCGAAGAAGGAACCUGAUUUGGAGGUCAAACUUCGAAAUACUCAGAAAAUUGUUUCGUUGAUAUGGCCUUUUGAAUCAAAGAUAAAGCAGAGUUUCUUCAAUAUUACUCCUGUCUCUGAAGAAGAACUCAGCAAUUGGGACGAAUAUUUGAAGUUUUUGACGCACAAUCAACUGAAGCACAGUUUCUCUUCCAAGCUGAUAAAAGCUACUUUUGAAAGAUGCCUGGUGCCAUGCCUCUACUACGAGCAUUAUUGGAUAAUGUAUGCGGAUUGGUCAGAACAGGUUCAGCCUUUAGAUUUGCAUACCAAUAUUGAACUCUAUCAAAGAGGAAUGAGUAUGCUGCCUAUGAAUUUAAGGCAGUUUCGUUUUAAAUUCUUGACUUUCCUUCAGAAAAACUAUAGAAACGAGAAGGAUUACAUCUUUUUGAUCUUCGGCCAAACUAUUUCUUCAAUCAUAAAGCUAUAUCCUUAUGAAGCUUUGUUGCUCACAGAGUAUUUGGCUAUGUUGAGAAGGCAUCGUUGCGGCACGAGUAUCGAUGAGGACGACAAGGUGAUCUACGACCAGCUAACUUCUUACUCGAAAGAAUUGGAGUCUGCCAUCAAAAACUACAUUAAUCACACAGUGGAUAAAAAUGCUCUCCUACAAUGUUUGAUAAACGAUUUGAACCUCCCCAUUAUUGUUGUAGAGCUCAUCAAGACAACAUGGUUGGUACUAAAAAACACAAUGCAAACGAGGAAAUACUUCAAUUUCUACAGUAAAAAUAGACUGUUUCAGUCAUCAGUUGCAUUUUGGCUCACUUACUACAAGUUUGAGAAGUCGAACCAAAACUUUGCUCGGCUAAACAAGUUUGUCAAUGAUCUAGGAGUCGAAAUCUUCUUGCCGCUUACUAUCAUGAAUGACAUCCUAAAUGACUAUCGAUCCUUUUAUCUAGCAAAUUCCAAUGCGGGAGUUUAUCAAACAGUUCGUAACGGAGAUGAUGGUGGAAGUGAAUUUCAUAUGAUGGAUCCCAUUUUGCUAAUACAAUUAAAGUUAAACAACCCGCAGUGGUAUCCAGGUCGAUACAAACAAUCCUUGGAUUGGCACAGGUCAAGAGAAUUCAGGGAAAACGGCCAUCCUAAUAUUCUUGACGAUAAGCCACAGAUAUCUAACACGGUUUUAGACCAGACUACAAAAAUUUUCGGUAAUCGCCAGCUGCCGCUUCCUACUUUCAGGAAUUUAGAGAGGAUCAAUCAACCACUCAAACACGACGAUAUAUUCAGUAAAUAUUAUUUAGAUACAAAUAGAUGA